AUGGGUGGCCUAAUGCGAACAACAUCAAGAUCAGAGGCAGAGAAUGGAGUGUUUGGAUCCUGCAUCAAUGAGCAUGGAACGUUGUUAGAGUUUUUCACGCAGUUUGAUAGUGUGAUUGAAAUGCAACGACACAGACAAACUCAAUUAAUUGCAGAGAGCGAGACCUCCACUCCAAGAACGAAGACCCCUCUAUUGAUUGAGAAGCAUGCAGCGUCGACAUACACGAUCUCAGUCUUCUACGAUGUGCAGGCAGAGAUUUUUGAAGGGUGUUUUUCGUGCAAAAUAACAUGGAGGGGAGCAGAUGAAGAUAUCACAGUGUACACAAUCAAGGAGGGACAAACGAAGAGUUUUCAAGUAAGGUAUGCUAGGGAAAGGGGGGAGAUACAGUGUUCGUGUGGGAAAUUCAGCAGAGUGGGGAUAUUGUGCAGGCAUGUUUUCGUGGUAUUAAAGGAUGAUGAUGCAGAAAUGAUUCCGCCAAAGUACAUAAUACAGAGAUGGACCAAGAAAGGUAAUGCAAAGGAGAUAGAUGCACACACAGAAGACAAAGAUGAGAGUAAAAUAUUAGGCAAGGUAUGGAAUGAGUUCAACAACUACAUGGCACUAGCAAAGGGGAACAUUAAAGAUGUGCAUGAGAUAUUAAAUUUUAUGCAAGAGAAGAAAGGUGGAAUGAUGAAGAGACAGGGGAUGAUGGAGGCGAAAAGGAAAAACAGUGAUUUAGUUGAUACGUUUUAUGGAACAGGAACAACCACUACUAUAACAAUAAAGCCACCACCAAUAUCGAAAAACAAAGGAAGUGGGAAGCGUUUAAAGAGCGCACGCGAAAAAGCAUCAGACAUGAAAAAGAAUGAUGGUCGCAAGUGUAAUGGAUGCGGACAGAAACCAGCACGACACGACUUUCGUAACUGUCUCAUGAAUCCAAAGAACCAGCAGAAAGCAAAUAAGAAUGAUAAUGCGUAA